GGACCCACUAUAAAGAAUCGGAACACAAAGGCACUACACACGAGAAAUCACGUUUUUUCUCUCUGGGUACAGUGCGGGUGAGCAUAAAUCCUACCGCGUUCGUCUUUAAGCGGCACCACCGUUCACCGGUCGUUACCGUCAGCUGCUCACCGAAUAUGACCUAACAGUGAGGACCAUUACGCACCCUCUGCCUCAGUCGUUCAUCCGACGUGCUACAGUCCCAAACCCCGACGAGAUUCACUCAACGGUAGCGUCUACAUCCGAAGCUCCAUAGCUGCUGCCGAGGUUGUCUUGGGGCUGGUUCGUGUGGCAGAACUUCUCCACUGUUCUAUCUUUUUUAUCUGGUUCGAUUGUGUAUUUUUGAGCUAGUGUAAAAUUCCCAUGGUUUGUGUUUGUCAAUGGUUGGAAAGAUGAGAAAAUUUAUACUCAUUUCUUUUAGGUAUUGAUUUUUACGAUUUUGUCGUGGAAACUCUUUCCUAUCACCAACAAAUACAAAUUACCAACAGCAACAGAACCAAGCACUGUGUUUGAAAUCAAACAAUAAUAGAGAGGAAAAUUUAUCUGAAUCAGUCACCAUAACCAAACACAAAUAGAGAUAUGAAAUAUUUCAUUUUCACCUUAGCAAACCAGGAUGUAUGCAAGCUUAUCUUAUGAGUGGAUAAUGUGAUUGAAGCAGCACCUUAUAUUUUUUUACUAAAAUGUUGCUGCAACAUAAAUCAUUGAUUAUUAGUCUGCUGUUUUUAAGCAUUUAGUUUUUGGUAAGUGCUUAAAAUUGACGUUGACUUGUUUAGUUCCUAGAAGAGGAGGGUUGGGGAGGGGAAACCGAGUUUUUAUAUUUUGUGAAUGUACAAUUACUGGCUUAUUAUGUUUAUGUUUAAAUGUGUAAACUGCAAACUUCUCACAUUAACUAACUGUAAAUUUUUACAUUUCGGUUUGACUCUGUUUUUGACAGGUCAAUUUGUUGGUAAAUAUAAGGCUGUGUAUGUAAUUGUCUUAUUGAUAUCAACAUUUGGUAAGCCUUCUUUCUCAACAGUUAUUUGUCACCUCUUUUUUAUUUGUCUUGUCAUUCUCUCUCAAUUGGUUGUUGUUCUUCCUCAGUUGCCUGGUUUAUUUCUUAACUGAUGUUUCCAAUCUUGUUAAAUUUGGCAUGCAAGCAGAUUCCAUAUAUUUAAUGAUCGCAACUGUGUAUAAUGGAGGUUGUUGUCCUUUUUUGCUUUGAUCAGGUUCAGAGUUUUUGUGUUCCUUUCCUACACUUCAGAUUCCAAAACUGUGUUUCAUUGAAACUUUGAAUUGUAUAAAUUUCUUGUGUUUAUGUUAACAUCAUGGCUAACAAUGCCAACUCCUCCUCCAAAACCCAACCCCCUUAUGCUCCUAAUCCUAACCAUCAAAAUUUCUUACAAAACAAUGGUGUAGGCAUGACACCCCAGGCCCAAUUUUGUUUUGGCAACCACCAAAGCCAAAGCUUGUUGCCCCCUUUUAUGCAGCCACUACCCAUGAAUGCGGCACCUUUCAUGAAUGCUGCAAAUCACAAUCAUUUUCCCUUGCAAAACGAUCAGAUGCAUCUGCGUCAAAUGGGUAUGCCUGGUCAUCAACAGGGUCAACCCCUUGUGGGGGUUUAGGUCCCCAAAAUAACGUUAGCAAUCCCAAUUACAGCAAUCCAAUGUAUCCUGUUCAGGGACAAGUCAUGCUGAAUGCAGCUCAACUCAAUUUGUCUCAAUUACAGGGACAAAUGUUGGCACAGAGUAUUUUGAAUAUACUUCAGCCAUCUAAUAUGAAUAUGAGUAUGCCAAAUGGCCAAUUUUGUGCCCCUUAUCCUAUGCAGAAUAUGAAUCAACAGUUACCUACACAAAUGCCAAGCCCUUCUCAAGGGGUUCCGCAUGGCAUGCAUCCGAGUUCCUGCCCCAUGUUUGGGUUUCCAAACCAACUGCCUGAGGCUAUGGUCCCACAGAAUUCAUUACUUUCUGCAAGUCCACAGUUAGGUUUUGAGCCUGGAAGGCAGGUCCGAUUGCACAUUGAGCCGAACGAGAAAAACCUUACUCCACCAAACGUGAAUGCAAAUGCUUUUGUAUCACGGUCGCAUUUUUCAUCUCAGCAAUUACAAGGGAAUACUUCUGGGUCACGUAAUUCUAAUUUGGCUCAUACAAGUAACUCUCAACCUCCUGCAUUUUUAAAGUCGCACUCACAGGAGAAUCCUUAUGGCAAUAUUAAAACUAAUGUUCCAAAUACCAACUGGAAUGGAUCACCCAGCAAAAACUUCAAAAGUAGACCAAAACGAGGGGGGUUUAAAGGAGGAUUCCAGAAGUCUAAAUUUAAUGAUGUCAAUAAUGGAAAGAGGAGAACUGGGUUUCCUAAAGAUCAUAAUGGAAUAGGCCCUUACAGUGGGAGGGCAGGACAGGAUAGUUUAAGAUCAAAGGAAUUUAAGCAUCAACCAGAAAGAUCUUUCUCUGUGACUUACACUGAGCAAGAAAUCCAACAAUGGCGUGAAGCACGGAAAAAGAAUCAUCCUUGUAACAACUUUCAGAAGAGGCACAGUGAAUGGCCGAUGGACUCCAAGGUCAUUAAUAGGGAGGUCUUACAAAGAGAGCUUAAGGAGGUUUUAGCAAAGCAAGCUGAAUUGGGAAUCGAAGUUGCUGAAAUACCAUCACACUACCUUAAGAAUUCUGAAAAUCAAGGUCUUCAGAAUGAAGGGAAAAACAAAUUUAGUGACAAAAGAAAGUUCCAAAACAAAUUCAACAAGAAAUUGGACAGAAAAGGUCGGUUCGGCAAGACGCAAAAGUUUGCUGACUUUUCAGAAAACCCUUCGUUAAAGAAGAGGAAGCCAACUUUAUUGCAGAAACUCUUGAGUGCAAAUAUAAGUAAGGAUAAGAGCCACCUGUUUCAGGUUUUCAGGUUCAUGGUAAUAAAUUCUUUCUUCAAACAUUGUCCUGACAAGCCACUUAGAUAUCCAUCAGUCAUGGUUAAAGAGAACGGGUCUGAAGUUGACACUAUAAAGGAUGUUCCUAAACGCGGGAACGAGGGAGCGGUCAAAAAAAUUGUUAGCCUCAAUAAUGAUGAUGAUCAUAAUAGUGAAGACGAAGACAGUGAUGUGGAUGAGAAUGACUCUACUGUACAUAAUAAUCCACACGAAACACUUUUUUCCUUGGUUAAAGAAGGAUUUGAGAAAUCUGAUGAAGAAGAGGGAGAAAUUUUAGAAUGAAAUUCGGAGAUUGGUGCUCCAAUUUUUGCAGCAAAGUUUUGAAUACUGUAGUGGUAACAUUUUUUGUUUAAUCAUUUGUUUCCCUUAUGGUUUUACCAUCACGCAUAAUGUUACAGUAAAUAUAUUUUUGCAGCAAA